AAAAUAAAUGUAGUAUCGCAAUAUAGUACGUAUUGUUUGUUACUAUCUAAAGUUUAUGAUAAAACAAAUGUAUUAUCGUAUUAAAUGAAAUUUGUAUUCAUAUCGUAUUUGUAUUGUAUUUUGAAAAGGUACUCAAAUGAACCGCUAAACGAAUUAAAUCUUCCGUAACAUGCAGCGCUGUCGUGGCACUACAAAUUUCUUCGUACUACGGAACAUCUAUAGUGAUUCUAUAUUUAUGGGAAAUUAAAUGCGUCUGUCGCUGUGUAUUCCUGAACAUAACCAUAGGGGUAGAUACCAUAAAAAAAUAGUUUUGUUAUUCGUUAAUAACAUAGCACAAAGUAUCAAGCCUUAUGAUACAAUUGUAUCAAUAAUUGAAUGAUACAAUGGGCAAAACUCUCAACGGGAAAGCUGCUGCAAUAUGUACUGCGGUUGCAUUUGUUUUAAUAGUGAUUGCUUUUACCACACCCAAUUGGCUCGAAACAGACGGAAAAUUGGAAAAUCCAAGAUUUAUCAAAAUCGGUUUAUGGCAAGUGUGUUUUAAAGGAUUUGAGCAUCCUCAUCACUUGUACGAUACUAAAUUCUAUGGUUGUUGGUGGGUGUUUGAAGAAGAAUAUUAUAUAAUUCACGAUAUUCUUCUACCAGACUUUUUUGUUGCAACACAGUUUUUCUUUACAUUAUGCCUGACUUUACUAUUGAUAGGAAGUUUCUCAACGGUUUUGUACACAUGCUGUUCUCAUCAUCAUAAUAAAUAUCAGUUGCUUUUAUGGACAACUGGUGCAAACUUGUUGUUAGGAGGAUUAUGUGGUAUCAUAUCUGUUAUAAUUUUUGGUGCAAGAGGUGACAGUAGAGAUUGGAUGCCGAACUGGGAGCAUAAUGACAUCGGUUGGUCUUAUGCUUUAGCUGUAGUAGGUAGCUUUAUUUUGGUUAUAGCAGGUGUACUCUUCUUAAUUGAAGGACGCAGACACAAAAAGAAGCAGGAAAGAAUUUUGACCGAAGAACAGAAAACACAUACAACCAUCUAAUUAUAAUUUUCGUUAAUAAAAAAUAUAAAUCUAUGAUAAAUUAUUUGGGAUAUCAAAGAUCUGCACAUGCCAAUUCUAUGAGGUCGAACACAGUCUACAUAGAUUUACUUUAAAUAAUCUCUAUGCAAAUUUUCGAAGAUUCUAUUAUAUAUUUUUAUAUUUAUACUCGUUAUUUUGAUAAGUAUUAUUUACACUGCAUGUAAAUGUUCAUGCCAACUUAUAAAAGCAAUUAUAAUCUUGAUAUAUUUUAAAAAAAAAAGAAAAGCCUUAAAUCGAAGAAGAUAUUUUAUAUAUUCUUAUAUUUAAUAUGUAAAUUAUGCAUUUAUUAUUUGUUUUGUAGAAUACUUAAUGCUACAAAUCCGUCCAUAGAUGUAAGAUGUUUUACGCGAAGAGACUAUGUGUCUGUAAAUAAAAAUAGUAUUAGCCCUGUAACUGAAAUCAUCUCAUGGCCUUUACAUGAACAAAUAUUGUAUAUUUGUCAUAAUCUUUUAUAUCAGAAAAAUGUAUAAAAAGUUAAAGUAAUAAAAAUAACUUGUUUGAAAA